AUGGCAACUUUCCAAAAGGCAAUCACUGCACCUCCAUCUUCAUCUCUUCAAGUCAUGACGCCUCCUGAAAGCCUACUUCGGGACAUGUCCUUGCGAAACGCAGACAAGGGUGUCCUCAAACAAUCCAUUGUCGAUUCUAUCCGACAGGUGUUGCCCGAGAUGCCUGUUGAGGAUACCUCUUCGCCUGGAAACUCCCGGAUACCCAAUGCGAGCCGACUGACGCAACCUAUGGAGGUCUUUCAGGCCAUGUUAUCUUUCGAUGCUACUACUGGAGCCUCGAAGCUGGCGUCUGUUGGCGCCAAGAAGAAUAAUCUUUGUCAACCGCCUCUUGGCGGUCAGGCAGGGACACCUCCUAACAGCCCACAAAUCGCCCCUUCGGAGCCUGCCACAAUGGACCAACCGACAAAGUCCGCUAGCCUCCUUAUUCCUUCUCCCGAUGAUCCAAGUGCAUAUUCAACCUUUGCGGAGAAGCCGCGAGGCAGAAUAAGUGACUGCAAGGUCUCUGAACAUCUGAAAUUGCCGGCCACUGGCGACGAAGUUGAUGCUGCGACUCUGUAA